ACUUCAGUGCAGUUGUUUGGGGUGUUUUGACGUCGCAAAAAGAGUUUAAAAAAAAUUGAUUGCAAAUUCUCUGUAAAUCAGUUCCUUGCAAAUUCCCGUGUUUUAAGAAGCAAAGAUGACGAUUCUAACGUCAGCAAGUGAGAAAAAGAAUACGGAGGUGACUGUUGUUCCUCUUGUUGUGGACAAUGAAAUCAAUGAUAGCAAGGAGUUGACCAGUGUGCGGGUAGUGAAGAAGCCCCGUGAGUUGCGACCAGUGGAGAGGCACCCAUGGACCAUGACGAAGAUCUUCACCAUUGCCCUGAUUAUCAUGUCACUGGGCAUCUUGGGUGGGAACUUCCUGGCGCGCCAUCUCUCCCGCUCCCACAUCGAUCGGAUGCGUUUCCACGGCUUCUGCGGUGUACCCUAUGACAGUGGGCUCGUGGACAAUAGAACCAUGAUGCUGUACAACAGCAAAUUCCGCUCCUUUGAGGAUGAGGACUUGCCCCUCCUCUCCCGUGCCAUGGCAUUCUUUGGCAGCAACAACCAGCCGCUUAGUGAGCGAAUUGAUGAUUUCCGCUACGACAUUGAGGAAGAGGAGAAAUUGGCGCAGAAGUUCUUCAAGGAGGAGCUGGAGCUUGAUCUGUCGGAUGAAGAGAGCUAUGCCCGUAUUGAUGUGCCAGACUUCAAGAAUGGUCGUCCAGGACGCUUCCUGCAUGAUUUCAAGUACAACCAAUCUGGGAUUAUUGAUGCUGAAAAUCGACGAUGCUUCGUGAUGCCACUGGACAGGGAAGUUGUGCUGCCUCCGCGGUCAAUGCGUGACCUCGUGCUGCGCAUCUGGAAAGGGUACUACGACAUCGAUACAAGUGUCAUUCGCAAGGAGAUGCGCGUGGUGAUUCCCGAGAUUGAGGAUCUCUCAACUGUGGCACCAACAAUCGCCAAUGAGUGCAAGAAUAUGAAGAUCUUCCGCUUGGAGAAGAUUGAGCACAAUGUGGCGAAGCGCUCAGUCGAUGGGCCACAUGAGAAGUAUGUGGAGUUCACAGGGAAGAUGUCCGAAGUGAAUCUUCACAAUAUUCAUGAGGUUGAGGAGUACAUGAAGAAGAACUGAAGGUUCGCUUCUUUUUAGAUCUUUUAGAAAAUAAUUCCCCUCACAAAAUAAUCAAAAGAGUGAGAUGAAAUUCUCAAAAUAUCUCCCCUUUCAUUCCUCACAAGAAUAAUGUGAAUUUAAGAGAAAUGAAGAAAAGUACGAUUAGAUUUUUUUGGCUAUAGGAAAGUAUUCUCCGUGCAUUAGAAUUUCAAUUUUUAAAUGGGGAAGAAAAUACAAGAAUCAAUGGAAAAUUAUUUUCUCGCACUGAUUUUAUCAAGGAAAAAAGUUUUAAGUUUUAAAAAUUAUCGUCUCUGUGUCUGGGUUUUUGCUCAAGAGAACAUUAUAAUGUUUAGUCUGUAUGAUUUUAGGCAUUUGAAUGCUGAUAAUUCGUGUAAAAUAUCCGCUGUGAAUUUCCAAAUGGUAAUAAAAUAAAAUUAAUCCUAAAAAA